AUGGGAGUGCCCGCAUUCUUCAGAUGGCUGUCCAAGAAGUACCCGUCGAUUGUAGUGGAGUGCGACGAUGGCGUCAAAGGGAAGGCCGACUUCGACAACCUCUACCUCGACAUGAAUGGCAUUAUCCAUCCGUGCAGUCAUCCCGAGUAUAAGGCGGCGCCAGAGACCGAGGAGGAGAUGUUUGUCGCCAUCUUUGAAUACAUUGAGCGUAUUAUGUCGAUCGUGAGGCCCAAGAAGUUGUUGUAUAUGGCAGUGGAUGGCUGUGCGCCCAGAGCUAAGAUGAAUCAACAGCGGAGCCGACGGUUCCGGGCCUCUCAGGAGUCGAUCGACAGACUCUUAGAGAUACAGAAAAUCAAAGAAGAAAUGGAUGGCUGUGCGCCCAGAGCUAAGAUGAAUCAACAGCGGAGCCGACGGUUCCGGGCCUCUCAGGAGUCGAUCGACAGACUCUUAGAGAUACAGAAAAUCAAAGAAGAGUUGAGAGGAAAUGGUAUUGAAGUGAAGGAUAAGCCGAAAGAAGCGCACUUCGACUCCAAUGUGAUCACUCCGGGCACUCAAUUCAUGAUUAACUUAAGCCACGCCUUAAGGCAAUGGAUUGACGAGAAGCUGAGCGCCGAUAACGAGGACAGGGAUGGCAUUUGGCCUAAGGAUAUGAUGGUUAUACUGAGCGAUGCAUCGGUUCCCGGAGAGGGAGAGCACAAGAUUAUGGAAUACAUCCGCAAACAGAAGGCACAGUCGGCCACAUAUGAUCCCAAUCUAUCGCACUGUCUGUAUGGCGCCGACGCCGACCUCAUUAUGUUAGGUCUGUCCACUCAUGAGCUCAACUUCACGAUCUUGAGGGAGGAGUUCAAACCAAACCAACCGAAGCCGUGCGAUAUCUGCGGCCAAUUGGGACACGACAUGAAGGAGUGUUUGGGGACUGAGAGGCCACCCGAUGAGGAGCCGUCUAUUCUGCCGACUGAACCGGAAUUCAUUUACAUUCGGUUAUGUGUUUUACGGGAAUACCUACAGAAGGAGGCGACCACUUGUGCCGUACAUUUAGAUUUGGAGCGAUUUAUCGACGACUUUGUCUUCUUAUGCUUUUUCGUGGGAAACGACUUUUUGCCUCAUUUGCCAUCUCUUGAGAUCAGAGAGAACGCCAUCGACCGGCUCAUCAGUAUUUACAAAGAGAACGCCACAAAGUAUCCCAAUCCAGACAACCCUUAUCUUACGAAAGAUGGAUCCGUUUUCAUGGAAAGAGUUCAAUACGUGUUGCAAGAGUUGGGUGAGGCUGAGGACCAGAUCUUCAAACAAAGACAAGAAAAUGAGAUUCGUUUCCAACAAAGGCGUAAACGACAGAAACUCCAGAACCGUAAUCUUGACUCCCGAUGGACUCGACCCGAAGCUGUGGCUCGUGGCAGUAGACCUCAAGUGUUUGACAACACCCGUAACGAAGCCUAUAGUCUGAGAGUCGGCGGAAACGACAACUUAAGUGCCGCUCAAAAGCUCAAAGCAAUGCUAAGAGAUGGACAGUCAGGUGCUCCGACUACUGACGCUAAUCCACAAGAUUCUGAAAACGCGUCAAACAAACGAAAGCGAGAAUCAGGCGUUGAUUCCGAUUCAGAACCGGAAGAUUUGGUUCAACUGUUUAACGACGGCUGGAAAGAGCGGUAUUAUUACCACAAAUUUGAUUGCAAUUCCACUUCAAUCAGUGAAAUCAGUUCAAUGGUUGCGCGCGAAUACAUCAUUGGCUUGAGUUGGGUACUGCUGUACUACUAUCAGGGAUGUCCCGACUGGAAGUGGUUCUAUCCCUUCCAUUACGCGCCGUUCGCCAGUGAUUUCAAAGAGAUCGCAAAAGUGGAGGUGAAGUUCGACCGAACCUCUCAGCCAUUCAACCCAUUGGAACAGCUGAUGAGUGUGUUUCCCGCGGCCUCCUCCCAGAACUUGCCGCCCACCUGGAGAUCACUCAUGAGUGACACCAAGUCGUCGAUUAUAGACUUCUAUCCAAACACUUUCAAAAUCGAUUUGAAUGGCAAGAAGGCCGCGUGGAUGGGCGUCGCUCUCCUGCCCUUCAUUGACGAGAACCGACUCUUCAAUGCUCUCAAAAAAGUCUAUUCAAAUCUGACUGAAGCUGAGAGGGAAAGGAAUGCGAGAGGAAAUCAUCUCAUAUUUGUGGCGAAAAUCCAAUCGGAUUUCUCGGACUUUUCCAAAGAAGUGGUCGAGUCUUCCGCACAAUCAGAUGUUCACAUAAAUCCCGAUCUCUUUCGUGGUAUUUCCGGAACGCUAUCGAAAAGCGAGAAGUAUUCGCCGGCUUUCAAGAGAGUGUAUUGUUCUGUAUAUAAGGACCCGGUUUACGACCCGGACUUCAUAUUCCCAGCCAUUCGUCUGGAGAAAGCAAUUCCGCCACAGUUUGUACUAAAACCGGAAGACUUGGAGAAACUGGAGCGCUAUAACUGGAGGCCUACCCCGCAGCAAUACAACAGCUAUUAUAGGCCUCCAAACUCUUAUCAAUCCAAUCAAAACAACUACCGAUCGGCGGAUUCGAGUAGUCAUCAGAACUCUUACCGGACAUCAGACACAUCGCAACAAUACAGGAGCGAUGACCACAGACAACAAAAUCGUUAUUCAGAUUAUCGUCAAGGCAAUCAAUCCAAUAGUUACGAAACCAAUCGUCUUAUGGCUCUCCGGCCUCUUAUGGCCAACGAAAUGCCAAUUCGUAUCAAAGCUUUGAUCGAAAUGAUAGAAAUCCAAGACAUCAAACACCGCAAGAUUCGCAGCAAAGAAAUCCUUAUUAUGGGACUAAUCAGCAAAACCCUUAUUAUGGCACUAAUGCCAACCAAAACAGACGCGAAGAUCCCUGGAAUAGACGCCGUUGAGGCUCAUCCAUGGCUUCCAGAGCAUGACUUCUUAUCAAAUGAAAUGUAA